AUGAUCUAUAGGAUGCAGUCCUCCAAUCUCAUAGGUCACCAACUCACCCAGCGGACUCUCAGAAGGGCUCUACACGCUUGCGCGAAGAGAGCUGCCGAGCAGACUUCACCGAAAGGUAAAGGCAAGGCAAUUUCCGACACUCUCUUCGCCCCUUCUACACGCAGUACUACACCUCAAACGUCAACACCUAAAAUCGCUCCUGGUCUCAAACCUACCAUACCUACAUAUACCUCGUCUCCAACCCAUUCAAGGGGAUGGCAAGCCUUCGAAGCAUCUUGGGCAUACCACUCUUCUUCAUCUACCAAAAUCUCAAAAUUUCUAAGAGAUAAAGUCAAGGAGGGAAGUAUGGGUUUAGUGGAAGUAAGAACGAUAUUCGAGAAGCCAAUAAAUUUCAAUCCGAUAUUAAGAUUAUUAGGUUGUGGAUUUACUGCUUUUAUAGGAUUUAUAUGGUUCUGGUUACCUCCUCCAUUAGCUGAGGAAGUUGGUUAUCAAACUUUCUGGAAUUCAAAACCUGAUUCAGGAUAUACAACCAAAAUAUGGGGAACGUUUAAACACUUCUUAUUUGUUCAAACUCCCUAUUGGGCUCUGGGAGGAGCAGCUAUAGGUGUAUACAGACUAACUAAAAACCUCAAUAUCGUCACUAAGCUCGAACAAUGCCGAAUCCGACUGAGUCCCAUUUCAACUCCUACCUCGGCCGGAGCUGCAGAAGAGAUAUAUCUCAGGAUGAGUACCGUCAAGAAGGAUCUGAUGGGAAGGUGGAGUGGAGAGCCUAGGGAUUUGAGAUUGAGUGAUGUAAGGGUAUUACCAGUGAAAGGACCUCACGAAAGAAAUGGUGAUUAUAUCUUGAACCUCCAUAUAAAAGAUAGUACAAAAGGUACUUUCGCAGACGGUCAGCCGUACAUCGUGGAUACGAGGUAUAGGAAGUAUCUGGAUAAGUCGGAUCAACCUUACGUUCUGUCGCCGAGUAGGUUGAGGCAUGUUUUCGGACGGUGGGAAGGAUUCGAUUGA